GGCCGGGAUUCCCGACAAGUCGGCGCAUUUCUGAUUUUUCCCGCCACCUCGCACCCGUUCCUGCGAGACAGCCCCCCUCCGCCGCCGACCAGCUCCUCGAGGCUACCCUGCCGCACAACCCGUCCGUCACACCCUCGAGCGUGCUGGCAGCCAAAAGCAGAGUGAAAAUCAACAGAGCCCCGUGACCUGCAGCAGCAGCAGCAAGCACCAACACCGACAAUGGCUCACCGGGCAGUAAUACAAGCCGCCAUCAUCGCCGGCAGGUCGCUGGGCCGCGCCUUUGCCGAGUCGUACAGGCACGCGCAGGCGUCGUCGCAGUUUGCGCGCGCCCAGGCCAAGGCCGGCGGGACCACGGGUGCGGCCGGCGGCGGCGGCGUGGGCAGCAUGACGCUGUCCGAGGCGUGCCAGAUCCUCAACGUCAAGCCGCCAAAGGACGGCCAGGGCAACGUCGAGGAGGUCAUGUCCCGCUUCAAGACCCUGUUCGACGUAAACGACCCGCAAAAGGGCGGCUCCUUUUACCUGCAGAGCAAGGUCCUGCGCGCCCGCGAGCGCCUCGAGCACGAGCUGCGGCCCAUGAUGGAGAAGGCGGAGCAGGAGGCCGAGAUCCGGGAGGGGUGGAAGCCCAACGUUUACAACAAUCAGCCAAAGGAGCGGCCAAAGGACAUAUAGCCCCGGGCAACGCACGGGGCCUGGCGGUGGGAGAUGCUCGCUGGGCACCUAUUCAGGCCAGAAAUCCGUAUCUGCUGCCUGCCAACCCCUCGCCCCAGACAUCGCGCAGGGGAUGACACAACCCAGCCCCGCUUGGGCUCCAGUCCUCUUUCCCCGCGGCCUCCUGCGGCACAUACAACAGCGACGACACCGACGUUGGCAAAGUCACGAAAACUAGCCACGAAUCCCGACCCAGGACAUCUCCUCUACACACAUUCUCUAGCGACAUGAAAGGCUCCCCGCCAUCACGACAUUUGCUUCCGCUUACGAAACUUUUCCUUAUUCUCUCUAUACUGGCACACAUCUUCACUCGACUGCUGCAUGGCCCGGCGUUUAAAUCUGGCAGGAUAUGCCUUGGGGCCAGAUGGGCGGUGAAAAUCAGGCUGCUUGCUUUGCUUUUCGCCCCAAGAUUCUUGAGACGGCGUAUGUAGAAUAUAAUCUGUACCAUCACAAAAAGCCAAUACCUUUUGAUUUAUGUAAAGAAAAAGUG